AUGGAGAGAACAGUUACUCCACCAAUUCUCUUCUUCAGGAAUCAAAACCCACCAGAAAUAGAUUGUUGUCUAAACGAUCUCCCUAAUAACGAUUUCAACACAACAUUCAAAUCCAUACAAUUCUUCAAAGAGAAGAACCUUGCGAGUAAAGAAUCAUACUUCGUUUCUGGAGUCCCCGGUUCCUUCUACUCGAGGCUCUUCCCUUGUAAGAGUCUUCAUUUUGUUCAUUCUUCUUAUGGUCUCCAUUGGCUCUCUAAGGUUCCUGAAGGACUUGGGAAGAACAAGACGAGUGUGUACAUCACAACUUCAAGUCCUCUAAGUACAUACAAGGCUUACUUAAACCAAUUCCAAAGAGAUUUCUCGACAUUUCUAAAACUGCGUUCUGAAGAGAUGGUUUCUAAUCGACGUAUGGUUCUCACUUUGCUCGGGUCAUGUGANUGCAUCAAAGGUGGAUUCGUUCUACCUGCCAUUUUAUGA